AUGACCCUUGCCACAACUUCGUCUCCCAUCGAUCAUGUAUGGGACGCUGUACUCCGGACCAUAUGCGACGACAACUUCACCGUGUCUCUCCCGAAGGGCGUUCCGGAGGCGUCAUGGGCCGUCAUCCGCCAAUGGAAAGCGGAUAGACCGGCGAACAAGCGUCUGGAGUUGCUCGGAGACUCUAUUCUAUCGUCGAGUCUGGUCAUGCAGAUGUUUCAUCUUGAGGAGCUUGAGAGCGGAGCGAUCGCUCAAGUGAAGGCCGUUCUUCAAAGCAACCUUGUUCUCUCUGUUCUUGCAGAAAAGGGCGAUAGAGCCGUGAUACAUUAUGCCGAAAGGGCGUCUAUCCUCAAGACGGUGAAGGGGCUCCUCCAACGAGGGAAAUGGGGCGAGGUCGCCGUGACUAUUCCCAAACGUGACUUCAAGCCGAUUGCGGAUCGGUUCGAGGCCGUCCUUGGUGCACUGUGUAUUCUUGAGGGGCAUGAAGAAGCUUGCAAGUGGGUUUCAGGUGUGUUUAGACCACUUGUUGAGGCUGGGUUGGCGGCCGACAGACAAGUGAGAGGGACGUCGAAAGCCGUGGCAUCGAGCGUGAAUGUAUCACAGAGCACCAAUACCGCAGAUUCAACUAUGGUGGGCAGAAAGCGGCUGCGCGAGGAGCUUCAAGAGCCGAUGAUGACCACCGCAAAGCGUACGAAGGCAGCCGCUACAGACGGCGACGUCUCGCAUGAAGACCCCACAAUUUACCUUACAACUGUACGGUCUCAUCCUACGGUCGUUCAAGCUUCGACAGACGUCGUCAAGCUCAUCAGUGCCGUUGGUCCCAGCCAACCUAGUAAUAGCAUCAGAAACAGCGUGCGCACAACGCAAAAGGCCAGUCGACCAGUUGUCAUUGAUCUCAACAACUAUGAUUAUGAUUACGACUCGGACAGGAGCGAGAGUAAUCGGUCCGAGAUAGAAUAUGAGGAUCUAGACGAUAGUGAUCGAGACGGUGCCGAGGAAGACAAUGAAGACGAGUUGUGGUGGGAGACGUACCUCGCUAAUUGA